CCAUUCACUUCCUGAGUGGUGCAGAGUCUCACCAUGUCCCAAGUGUUCCGUUCCGUUUGCUGAACCAUGAGAAAAUUUGGCCUUUUUAAAAAGAAGGCACGCUGAACACGGUACGCAGAAAGCGUGGUCAACUAUCUGCUUAGGAUGCGGAUUUGUGAGAGAAAGGAAAAGAGUGCUGUCCACUGCUGAGAAGUCAGUUUGGGUCUGGAGGAAGCACAGUUUGAUCUGGAACCACGGGCCACAUCUGAUCUCUUGAUCAGAGAGCCACAAGGUGGCGACUGUGAGCCUUCGGGUACUGCACAGACACCUGGAGAUUGAUGUCUGGGGAUGCCUCCAGAUGCUUGGGGAGAGGCAGCUGUCCCCCAGGACCAGUCCCAGAGGGUGUGAUCCGCAUCUACAGCAUGAGGUUCUGCCCCUACUCGCACAGGACACGCCUGGUCCUCAAGGCCAAAGGCAUCAGGCACGAAGUUAUCAACAUUAACCUGAAAAACAAGCCUGAGUGGUACUACACAAAACAUCCUUUCGGCCAGAUUCCUGUCCUGGAGAACAGCCAGUGUCAACUUAUCUAUGAAUCCGUCAUCGCUUGCGAGUACCUGGACGACAUCUACCCAGAAAGGAAGCUGUUUCCAUACGACCCUUACGAACGAGCUCGCCAGAAGAUGUUACUGCAGCUGUUCUGUAAGGUCCCACACUUAACCAAGGAGUGUCUAGUAGCGCUGAGAUGCGGGAGAGAGUGUGCGGACCUGAAGGCUGCCCUGCGUCAGGAGUUCUGCAACCUGGAAGAGAUUCUUGAAUAUCAGAACACUUCCUUCUUUGGUGGAGACUGUAUAUCCAUGAUUGAUUACCUCUUCUGGCCCUGGUUUGAGCGGCUGGAUGUAUAUGGACUAUCUGACUGCGUGAAUCACACCCCGAAUCUGAAGUUCUGGAUAUCCACCAUGAAGCAGGACCCCGUGGUCUGUGCCCUGCUCAUUGAUAAGAACAUAUUCUUAGGCUUCCUGAAUCUCUAUUUUCAGAACAACCCUGCUGCUUUUGACUUUGGGCUGGGUGUCUCAGCCAUUCGGUGA